CUUCCUCAAAGACAGAUACAGCGCGCUCAAGGACUGUAAACAAAGCAACGACUUGACAGCGAGUUUUUUAAUGCGAAUAAUUUUCCUUUGUGUCGUUUGUCGCACGAUUAUCUGCUUUUUACGUUCUUUUAGCCACUGCUGAGCGUGACCACCGAAAGGGGGGCAGCAGACAGACAGGCGGACAGCCGAACCGAACGGCAGACAGACAAGCAGACUGCAGCACGGGCUUGUUUGUUUGGUAGUGCGCAUUCGUCCACGCGUGCAUUGCGGAGAGCGAGCGAGCGAGCUAUUCUGGGCUUCCGCCUGAUUCGGAUGUCUCUGGUUUAUUAAACCGACCAACGGAUUCGGCAGCUGUCUGCGAUUCCUUCUUCCAAACUGUCUAGACGCCCCCGCCAGUCGUCGCCAUGGUGAAGACGUUUCAGGCCUAUCUGGACUCGUGUCAUCGGCGCUACAGCUGCGUCCACUGCAGAGCCCAUCUGGCCAAUCAUGAUGACCUUAUCUCAAAGUCUUUUCAAGGCAGCCAGGGCCGAGCAUACCUCUUCAACUCUGUUGUUAACGUAGGUUGUGGUCCAUCAGAGGAGAGGUUGCUGCUGACUGGCCUUCACGCUGUAGCAGACAUCUACUGUGAGAGCUGCCACACCACCCUGGGUUGGAAAUAUGAGCAGGCGUUUGAGCUGAGCCAGAAGUAUAAGGAGGGGAAGUUCAUCAUCGAGCUGUCUCACAUGAUCAAGGACAACGGCUGGGACUAGACACCCCCCCCCCCUCCCUGAUCAACAUUACCACGCCCACCCGAACCGCAGCCUUGCCUCUCAUCAGCAUGGACACGCCCCCUUAUCUACAUAACCACGCCCACCACCAGAGCUGCAGUCAUGACUCUCAUAAGGACGAACACGCAACCUUAUCAACAUAUACCCCCUAGAGGCGCAGCCUUGCCUCUGAUAAGGACGAACACGCCCCCUUAUCAACAUAUACCCCCUAGAGGCGCAGCCUUGCCUCUGAUAAGGACGAACACGCCCCCUUAUCAACAUAUACCCCCCCUCCUGACACAAACACACCCACCAGAACAGACCACAUCACCUUGCUUAAGACGUGACAGAUUUGUGCCGAUGAGCCCAUACCCCUUCAAUAUCAUCACGCAGUGAGGAACAAAUAUGGUGUUUUGGUCACACCUCCCUCAUUAACAUAACCACUCCCCUUCGUCGCAGCAGGUGACCUUGCACAAGGACAGAUAUGCCACCUCAUCAAUAAAGCCACACCCCCUCAUCAACAUACCUACAACCAUGAGGUGAAGAGAGAGGGUCCGAGGUACUCUGAAGUCUGUUAAAAGUCCUUCAUUUGGACAAAUGGAUAAAUACGAUGUCCAUGCCUAAAUGAAGGACUUUUAAUGGACUUCAGAGUGCCUUGGACCCUCUGUCUUCACCUCAAGUUUUCCAUUUUGGAUACGGAUGAUCUCCUGAAGAUUUUUAUUACCCCACAGAUGGAACUUAUUCUCUCUAUAUAUAUAUACCUACAAACGUCUUCGAUGUAAACUAUGCCUCUCUUGUGGACAGAUAUUUGGCUAAGCUAUGCCCUCUUAGAAAAAAGCUCCACCCACCCAUCAUCGCCAUGGUGACUGGCCAUGCCCCUCUCCAUGCAAUUCUCCACGCUGUCCGAUGUGUUUUUGCUAUCUCUUCUGCGUGUGCACGAGCGCUGUGUGUGUGUGUGUGUGUGUGUGUGUGUGUGUGUGUGUGUGUGUGUGUGUGUGUGUAUACGAACCUUGUACAGCUUAGACGAUUUUCCUUUUUGUGUUCUCACAAACACACACAGACUCUCUCGUUCUCUCUCUUACACACACACACACACACACACACACACACACACACACACACACACACACACACACACACACACACACACACGCACACACACACACACAGCAAUCUUUACAGCAUGAAUCCCUUCCGCUGUUUUGAGGGUGAUUUUAGGGGGGGAAAAGUUUAGAAUAACACAUGUUGUGUGUGUGUGUGUGUGUGUGUGUGUGUGUGUGUGUGUGUGUGUGUGUGUGUGUGUGUGUGUGUGUGUGUGUGUGUGUGUGUGUGUGUGUGUGUGUGUGUGUGAGUGUGUGAGAAUACUAAGAUUUGUAAAAAAAAAGGAGGAAUUUUAUUGCACAUGUGAGCUUGAAAGACUGUUUUUAUGCUGUGUGUGUGUGUGUGUGUGUGUGUGUGUGUGUGUGUGUGUGUGUGUGUGUGUGUGUGUGUGUGUGUGUGUGUGUGUGUUUGGAGCUGAAUACUCCCCUUCAUCAAUGUCACUAAUGUGUAAUUGACCCAUUCGGCACAAGUAGGGCAGGGGACGCUCCCAUACACACACACACACACACACACACACACACACACACACACACACACUGUGUGUCUCUGUGUUUGUAUGUACAGAGGGCCCAUGUGCAAAGCUGGCAGCAUUAGUUGGUAUUGGGUGGCUGGUGUAUGUGCGUGCGUGUGUGUGUGUUUGUGGCCUUAGAUUGUCUCAUGCUGAAUUGCUCAUCUACACCUAAAGCACGUUGGUAGGUGUCUGAGUGUGUUUGUCUGUGCGUGUGCGUGUGUGUGUGUGUGUGUGUGUGUGUGUGUGUGUGUGUGUGUGUGUGUGCGCGCAUUGUGCUGUACAUACAGGCUAAAGGUGACUGUUUGUGUGUGUGUGUGUGUGUGUGUGUGUGUGUUUUAUUCCCACAUUGUAAAUAUAGGCUAAUGCUGAAUGAAAUGUAAAGAUUUGAUUUGAUCAGCUUUUAGAGUUCUAUAUAUUUCCUAUCACAUCUGUGCGUGUAAGUGAGUGAGUGUGUGAAUGAGUGAGUGUAUUCUUCUGCUUGUGUGUGUGUGUGGGUGUGUGCACAGCUCUGUCUAUGUCUAUGUAUGCUUUGACCAUGAAGUGUAUUUUUAACCUUACGACUUUACAUUAAAGCACUAUUAUAAUCUCUG